AGAUACUUUAAUAGAAUAUCUAUUUCUUAUAAAAAACGUGGAAAAAGAGUAAAAAUUAUUCAAAUUUGAAUAAUUCUUUAAGCUUUUUUUACUGCGUGAUUGGGUCAGAUGAUGUGUAUUUUGAUGUAACAUGGCGUCUUUAAUUGUCACAGCAUAAUAAAAUUUCCAGAAGGAUGUGAAAUUUUUCUGAGUGUUGAAUUUGAAACUCAACACAGAAUGCCAGUUGAUAUUAACAGAUUAACGGAAGGUUGGCUAGAAUUGGAAAGUGACCCAGGUUUAUUUACAUUGCUGUUAGAAGACUUUGGAGUAAAGGGUGUACAAGUUGAAGAAAUAUAUGAUUUGCAAAAAUCAUUAGAGGGCCCAGUAUAUGGUUUUAUAUUUUUAUUUCGUUGGAUAGAAGAGAGAAGAUCCAGGCGUAAAGUUGUAGAACAGGAUGAAAGUUUUGUAAAAGAUGAAGAAAUUGUUAACAACAUAUUUUUUGCACAACAGGUGGUGCCCAAUAGUUGUGCAACCCAUGCAUUACUUUCAGUGUUACUCAAUUGCCCGAAUAUUCAUUUGGGUACAACUUUAUCCAGAUUGAAGAUGCAUACAUCUGGUAUGUGUCCAGAAAAUAAAGGAUGGGCAAUUGGUAACACACCUGAAUUAGCAUGUGCUCAUAAUUCUCAUGCUAUGCCUCAAGCCAAAAGACGUCAGGAUAAAAAUACUGGAGUAUCAACUGGGAGAUUUACUGGGGAAGCUUUUCAUUUUGUUAGUUAUGUACCAAUUAAUGGUAGAUUAUUUGAAUUGGAUGGUUUAAAACCAUAUCCCAUGGAUCAUGGUCCAUGGAAGGAACACGAAGAGUGGACAGAACAAUUUAGACGUGUAAUUACAGAUAGAUUAGGAAUGGCAACAGGGGAGCAAUUGCAAGAUAUAAGAUUUAACUUGAUGGCGGUUGUUCCCGAUCGGCGACUUGCUAUUUCGCAUAAAUUAACAAUGUUAAAAACUAAUCGACAAAUAGUAUUAGAAGCAUUGCAACAACUUGUUAAACUAAGCCAUCAAGAUGGAACAGAAAAAAACACAAAUGAUUCUGAAAAGCUAGAGAAAUCACAUGAAAAGAAAAGCAAAAUUGAUGAUGAAAAUGCUUUACCUAAUAGAUCAGAAAUUGAUGAAUCUUCUUCUAUACCAGCUAUUACUGUUGAAAGGAGUAAUGAUGCUGCAACAGAUACAGAAGAGCCAGCUUCAAGUAUAACUUCUGGAAAGACUGAAUCAAAUGGUAUGGAAAAGGUAGUGAUGUGUGCAUUAGAUUAUGCUACACCUCUUCAAAUUCAGACUUCACCAGCACACAGUUCAUCUAGUACUGAUACAUCAUCUGAAAUUGGAUCUGCAUUCAACUCUCCCACACAAGCAUGGGGAUGGAAUUCUGGUCAGAACAGUCCAACAUCGACAAAAGACUUUAAAAAGUUCGUUGUAAUUAGAGUCGCUGGAGACGAAAAGAAUGAGGCAGGUUUAAGUCGUUCUCUUGGGAAUAUUAAUAUAAACGGAAAAAGAUUAGUUUCUGACAGUGGUCAUUUACAUAAAAAAGUCUGCUUGUCUGGAGAAGUUAGAAUACCUCAUGCUAGAGUGAAAACGAGUAACGGGGAUACUGUUACCGAAGAGAAGAAGGUUGAGAAAAUUGAUCCAAAAUUAUGCUCAAAAUAUCCGGAAUUGUUUGAACCACAUACAUUUGCACCCAAAGAUCUUUUAGCCUUACUGAAGAACUUAGAACAUGAAAUAAGUAUCUGUGAGACUAGUUUGAAAGAUGAAAAUGACAAAAGGAAUAAAUACAAGAUCGAUGAUUGUCGUAGAACGCAUAAUUAUGAUGAAUUUAUUUGCACUUUUCUUUCAAUGCUUGCUCAACAAGGAAAGCUAGCCGAGCUGGUUCAGCAGCAUUUGACUUUAAAGAAACAUACUUCUGUGUCAGUGAACAGGGUUCACAGAUCUUCGAAGAAAGCCGAUACUCGUCAAAAUUCUUCGCGUAGACGCCGAGGAAGAACCAAGUGCAAAAAAAGAAAAUAAUCCCCGUAUUGAAUUUCAAUAAUAAUUGGAACUGUUACCCCACCUAUUGAAUUGUCAAUAUUAAAAACCUCAGAAUCGCAGCAUGGAGAUAGUUAUAAGAAGCUGAUAAGCAUGUAAAGAAAUCAUACGACUGUUGAAACAAAAAGGGAGUGUGAAUUAUAUAUUACACUACGAUAUUAACCCAGCAUCAGUGAUGUCAAACAAUCAGUACUUGGUUUAUUUUUUCAUUUGAAAUUUAAACCAUCCACUGUAUAAAUUGACUUUACGAUAUAUUUUUUAUAUUUUCUUUUUCAUGAUAUUAAUGAACAAUACCCCUUUGGGUAUAUUUAAAUCAUUUUUAUCUCGACGUCUAUUUUCGUUUCGUAUGAAAUACAUGGGUUUCAUAGAAUACACCAAUA